UAGGCAUGGCGGCUGGCUGUUGCGGGGCUAAGAAGCAGAAGUUCAACCACCAUACUUGUUGUAAUGGAAAUCUUUUCAACCCAAACCCAUAUCAACCAUCUCUUUAUCGAAAUGGAAUGGUUAUUAGCGUGGAGAUGUGCUUUUUCUGUUUUGAUGUUUUAUAUUGUCAUUUGAACCAGUUUGAAGCUCCAAACCCUCCCAGUUUCCCCAACGACAGCUAUCCCCUUUUUGUUACAUGGAAGAUAGGAAAAGACAGGAGAUUGAGAGGCUGUAUUGGAACCUUCAACUCAAUGAAUCUACACAAUGGACUCAGGGAAUAUGCUGUGACAAGUGCUUUCAAAGACAGCCGUUUUAGCCCAAUUACUCGUGACGAGUUUAACAAACUUCAUGUGUCUGUUUCCAUUCUCCGACAUUUUGAAGAUGGACAAGAUUACCUAGACUGGGAGAUUGGAAUUCACGGUAUUCGUAUUGAGUUUACUUCAGACAAAGGCUCAAAACGGACAGCUACAUAUCUUCCCGAAGUUGCUCCAGAACAGGGUUGGGACAGAAUCCAAACAGUUGACUCCCUACUAAGAAAAGGAGGCUAUAAAGGAGUUAUCACUAAUGAAGUGCGCCGUUCUGUCAGACUGACUCGCUAUCAAAGUGAGAAACUUACAAAUGUGACAGGUAAUGGAUCACAAAAGAAUGUUACAGUGACUAACAUGACAACUGGGAAGAAAAAGUCAUGAUUUGGCCUGUGGAUUAGGUUACAGAGCAUGAAAAUAUGAUCUUCUGACUAAUAAGAGGGGAAAAGUCUGAUUUGACUCAAUAGUGAAAAUUGGUUGUAGGAGAUAAUGUGGACAAUAUUGGGACUGUUCUACAGUUAUUAACAUGAUCAUUGGGAAGAGAAACACUGAUUACAAGUUGGAAAUAUGCUUUCAUUAUUAAUCUGUUUAUUUGGAAGAGGAAAAGAAAACAUGAUUUGAUUUAGGAGUAAAGCUCUUUGUUAGGGGUGAUAUGGUUAAUUAGUUGAGGGGUUGUAGAGAAUAAGUGGUCAUUUUCUUUUGAAAUAGUGAUAUAAGGCUACUGACUAAGUUACUAAAUAUCAUAUUUGUUUUAUUAGAUGAUUAGUUGAAUGUGGAAUGAUUACUUAUGAAAUAGAAAAAUGCUGACUGAAAAAAGUACUGAAGUGGUCAUUAAUGGGUAGAAAAUAAAUGACCUGAUCAGUAAAAAGUAUCAGCAUAUAAAGUUAUGGCAAGUACUGACCAAAUUUAUAUUAGUGAUUUGACUUGUAUAACUAUAAUGAAAAUGUGUUUAUUGACUCUUAUCCCACUCUUGAUAAUCAUCUUCAUUUAAAGAAAAAAUAAAAAGCCUUACCUAGUGCAUAGCACUUUGUUAUCAGUGCAUAUUUUCUCAUUAACAUUAUGCUGUUCAUGUUCACACAAAAAAGUGGCAUUGCCUUCAAAUAUUUCAUAACUAAAUACAACAUGAUAUUUAUGUUAAGAGAAAAAAAAACAGUAGGUGGUUCCGACAUGUAGUUUUUAUGAAAUGAAAAUAACUUUUUUAAUGUUUUACCAUUUAUUGUUGAAUGUUGUGGGCAUUUAGUCUCCUUUGUAUGUGUUUUCACUGUUUCAGUACACCUUGUAAUAUUAAGACUUCUCAGAGGAAUUCAGAUGCUUCAUGAUUACUGUUAGAACAAGUACAGGUUUUCAAUCAAAACAAUUUAGGAGUGAUUGUGUUAUGUUUUUUAUCAAACCUAUAGUCACAUUUGCCUCAAAGAAUAAAAAUUUUCACUGGUUAAACUUUUAAGCUGCAAAAAAUGGUAUUAUUUAAUGUUUGUCUUGGAUGGCUGAUCCCAAUAUUGACAGUAAUAUAUAGUAUUAUUAUAACCCAAAAUGAACAUUAGUUAUUAGAAAAUGCCAAAACGGACUUCUUUUUACCAAAUUUAAACUUGUAUAUGUCAGAUUUCGUUAUGUAGUUACAGUUUGUCACAUCAGAAUUAAAUGUGUACAGACACAAUAUUUGAUGUUUUCAAUUGUAAAUUAGUAUAGUUUCACAGGUCUGUUUAUAACAGGAGUAUCAGGGAUUACAUGACCCUAGUUUGGUUAGGAUAUAACAUUAUACCAUCUCUAAAUUUUGUAUUUUCUUAAACAUACCAUUUUGUGUAUGAAAAAGAUUUAGUUAUUAAUCUAUGUAACCUGUUUGAUAUUUAUGCACAAGGUAUUAUCUGUAUAAAAAGUAAAAGCUAUUAUAAUACUCUUGUAAAAAUUCCAUUUUCAUCUGCAGAAGUAUCAUACUUGGCCCAAAUAUGUGUACCUUGUGUUUCGUGAUGGAAAACUAAAACUGUGACCCAGUAGUGUCAUACUAUUUAAAUAUUUUGAGAACAUUUGUUAAAUAUACACAAUUUUAACAAACUUGGAUUCCUUUUAAGAUGUUAUUAGAUUAAACUUGUGUUUGGAAGCAGAUAAUAAGAUUUAACUUAAGAUUGGUAUUCUUAGUGCCAUUCUUAGUCAAACUGCUAUUUGUGUUGCUCUUUUAAUCUAGGCAGAAUUAAUGAUCUAAUUUGGUAUUUCUUGACAUCAACAUAGUUUUUGAAAUAUAAAUGUCAGUAUAGCUUCUGUCUUUAAUACUAGAUAUUAUAGAAUGGGUUAAGAUGGUUAGAAUAUCAAAGAGGGAAAUAUGUGAAGGAUUCAUGUGGCCAAGAACACAGUAUUUGUAGCCUUUGAUAGCCUAACAAGAUAGUUUAGAAAGGUAAUUUGUUUUUCAAUGAUUGGUACAUUAUAAUAUAUGUAUAUCUGAAUUCAAAGUAAUAACAUUUGGCAUACAGCAGACACGUGCUAGAACACUAAUUAGCAUUUUAAAAUUAAAUUAGUUUUCUAGCAAGGUCACAAAGAGCAAGCAGGGAAUAGGAUAGUGCCGUAUACCUCAGUCUUUUAUAUCUGUAUUAUUUUAUCAGAAGGAAAAACAAUUACAGAAUUUGUAGAUGUUUUUACAUAAAAGUUACAAUUCAGAUUGUCUAUAUACAGCUCAGAUCAUUAUGAUGUUGGAUAAUUCUGUUAAGGAACCAUGAAAAAGAUGCAUGUAUAUUUAAGAAAGUCUAAAAAGUAUACAAGAAUCAAAACUAAAGUAUGAUCUGAUAAGUCAAGUUGAUAGAUGUACAUCUAUGUUGUAACCAAAUUAUUGUUUGAUUUUAGAAGCAAACUGUUCUGUUUGCUCUUGUUGGUACUAUCUGAACUGUAAUCUACUUUCAGCAAGAUGAUUUUAACUUUGUGUGUGUGAUAGCCUAUAAAGAUUAUUGUAGUUUGUGGUUUAAACAUUUCAACAGAAAACUUGUUAUUGUAGCCCAAAAAAAAUUUACUAAAAUGUACCUGGAAAUAUAAACUAACUAUUUGUAUUCUCUUACAAAACAAAAUGCACAUAUGAUAGAAAUUGUAGAAAAAUGAAUGUGUUCAUUAUCUAAAGGUGUCAUUUUACUGACACAUUUGAUCAAAUUUCAAAUAUUACAUGUAUUUGGACUUAGUGUUUAUACCAAUAUGGAUUAAGUAUUUACAUUCAUUGUAUUUUUAUUGGUGAUGGUGGUAUAAGUAUGUCGAAUUUGUUAGUUAAAUUACGUCCAAAGUUAAGUACUUUACAUGGAAAUAAAAACUUGUAACUCUCAUUAAUACCCCUUUGAUUUUAUUAAGUAUUGUUCUUUGUUAACAUGUGGUUUAUGAUGUGUCCUGAUUUAUUAUGAUUGAAGUCAGUGUUUGAUGGUAGUAUUUACACCUGAGAAUGUACUUGUUCACAUGAGUUAAAGAACAGUAAAAACACACUGACAAAAAAAAAUGUUCUUGAAAAUAUAGUAGAAAUGUAUGUUUGUGUUUUUAGUAAAAAGAAUAUUUAGA